CCCCAUUAAAACAUUCCAUUACCAUACAGAUAAUCAUGAUUAAGAAAGAAAAAAAAACGUUUUUUUAAUCAACCACCUCUGUUUCUUAAAUAAAACAUCUUAAUUUUUAGUAAUUUAUACAACAACCAAUAGUCUUCUUAAAACUACAGUCCAAUUUUUCGUAAGAAAUUCCAAAAAAGAUUACAUUUUUUUUUCUUUUGGACACCCCUCUGUUUCUCUCCCUGUCUUUCACUUUCUCUAUAGACUCUCUGUUUUUUCUCUCUCUCUCUCUUUUUUUUUUCCUAUUCUAUGGUACCCCAUUAACAGAGUAUGUUCUGUAAUAACUAAACUUGCAGAGACGAACCCCAAAAAUCAAACUUAAUUGCUGUACUUGUGCCCUUUUCUUCUUCUUUUUCUGGGUUCGUUUCAGUGAUUUUUUUCAGAUCCUCCCCCUAGUUUGCUUAUCAUCACAACUUCUUCUACUGUUCGUAUAUUCAUAAGUGAGGAGAUAGAAAGAAGAGUUAGAUCUAUCUAUCUAUUUAUAAAGUUACCAUAUUUGGAAAAAAUGGAUAUCGAAAAGCGGCGGAAACGAAAACUAUUAGUAAUUUCAACUUCAUCACCACCAUCUUCAUCUUCGUUUCUUCCAUCUCAAUUCAGUUUCUGUGUUUCAUUAAGAUGGUGGUCGCUUUUAAUUUUCUCAUUCUUUGCUUUUCUCUUCUUAUUAGAUGGUACUCCAUUUAGAUCCCAGUAUGUAUUGUUUCAUCCACAUCCUGGUCGUUCUUUAUCAUCAACAGCAGCAGCAGCAAAUUCUAAUUCUGGGUUUGAUUUUUUUAAGUUCAAUAUUGAAGAUCGAGUUGUUUUUCCAGACCAUGUUUUAUUGCUGUUCACUAAGAGAAGAAGCAACCAUAUGUUUAUGAAUGGAGGAGGAUUGGAUUGUUUCUAUAAUGAAGAAUUUGAUAAAACCCAAGUUGUAGUUUUGCCAGCUCAAUCAGUUGUUGAUGAUUUCGAUGGGUUUAGGUCGAUUGCUCGAUGUCCGUUGCCGCCGGCUAAUUACUCGACUGCGGUGAAUUUGCAGAGACAAGGGGGUUUUAUUGAAGAGGAUGGGAAUUCAGAGGUGAAGAAGCAUAGAUUGGUAUCUUCCUGGGAGAGUGUUGUUUAUGAAGCUGUUUUGGAUGGGGAGACAGCAGUUGUGUUUGUUAAAGGAUUGGGGCUUCGACCAGGGCGAACAUCGGAUGCUAAUCAGUUUGUUUGUAACUUCAAUUGGGGGAAUUCAGAGGUAAGUGAUAAGUAUAGUGUGAGAACAAGAGCUAUUACAGCAGGGCAGGAAGUUAUCAGGUGUGCAUUGCCAUUCAAGCUGCAUCAAUCUCCUGCCAAGGCUAAUGGAGUUCGAGUUUCAAUUGGGGUUAUCUCGCAUCUGCAUUCUAGAGCUUCAUUUAGAGGUGAGAGUAAUCAUGUUCAUUUUCUUCCUUCGGUUGCAAGAAUUUCGCAGUCGAAAACCGCAGAGAAGAAAGAAGAAGAGAAGUAUGAGCUUUGCGUGUGUACAAUGGUGCGCAACCAGGCCUCUAGUAUGCGCGAAUGGAUUAAGUAUCACUCGUGGCUUGGCGUAGAACGUUGGUUUAUUUAUGAUAAUAACAGUGAUGAUGGAAUUGAGGAGCUGAUUGAUGAGCUUAAUCAAGAGAACCAUAAUGUGAGAAGGCAAGUUUGGCCGUGGAUUAAAACCCAAGAAGCAGGAUUUUCGCAUUGUGCUUUGCAGGCACAGAAAGAAUGCAAAUGGGUGUCAUUCAUGGAUGUCGAUGAAUUCUUCUACUUCCCUCUUCCGUCUGCUCGUCAACCAAGUGAUUUAGGGCUCCCAGGUCGUAAUUCACUGAGAAAUCUGGUGGCGAAUUUUUCAUCUUCGUCGGCUAUAGGGGAAAUUAGAACAGCUUGUCAUAGUUUUGGUCCAUCUGGUUUGACAGAAAUUCCUAAACAAGGAGUGACCGCUGGGUACACUUGCAGGCUGCAAAGUCCUGAACGACACAAGUCCAUUGUUCGCCCAGAAGUUCUCGAUGAUUCACUGAUAAAUGUUGUUCAUCAUUUCCAUUUAAAGCCAGGUUACAGAUACCUCAAUCUACCAAUGAGCACAGCCAUGAUUAACCAUUACAAAUACCAAGUGUGGGAGUCUUUUAGGGCCAAAUUUUCUCGAAGAGUCGCCACUUAUGUCGCUGACUGGCAAGAUAGCCAGAAUGAAGGGUCGAGGGAUAGAGCACCUGGGCUUGGUACAGAGGCAAUUGAGCCGCCAAACUGGCCACAGCAGUUCUGCCAAGUUUGGGAUACAGGUCUUCGGGACUUUGUCGUGGCUAACUUGGCUGAUCCCGACUCUGGGAUUUUGCCAUGGGAGAGGUCUCUCCCUCUCUAACAAAAUUCUUUUGGCGGCUGCAAAUCUUCUUCCUGUGUACAAGAAAUCAUUUACAUACAACAUGCUAUUCAUUCUUUUUUUACAUUUUUUCGACUUUCUAUUCAUAUUGGGGUUUCAGUGAGGGUAUAGCUAAAUAGACAGAAGUACACUUUGAUAGAAAUGUAAAUCUCUAAAGAUUCAUUGCUUGUGCUUAUUGAAUAAAACUAAUUUAUUAAUUUUCAA